AUGUUAUCGCCGCCUUCUUCGGCUGUUUCCGCUUCGACAGUGCCUUUAGUAAACGCGCAAACGAAUCAACGCGCCAGCAUGGAUAUUCGCCUGAAACUAGUGCUGCAGUGCUUCUUUGCGGAAUUUUUCGGCACUGCUAUGGUUUUGUUUAGCGGUUGCAUGGGUGCCCUGGAGACGGGACUUUUCGAUAACUCCCACUUCCAAUAUAGUUUAAAUAUGGCCUUGAUGGUAAUGGUAGCCGUCCAGUGUUUUGGUCAUGUAUCGGGUGGUCAUAUAAAUCCCGCUGUAACAUUGGCCGGUUGGAUUUGUGGUGUCGUUAAGUUUCAUAUGGUGUUGGCAUAUUUCGUUGGACAAUUUUUGGGUUCCAUUGCUGGAUUUGGAUUAUUAAAAUUAAUUGUGUCAACUGAUAAUGGAUUUUGUAUGACCCUGCCGGGAAAUAAUAUUAGCACGGGUCAAGCAUUUGCCAUCGAAUUUGUAAUAACGAGUAUUCUCAUUACCGUUUGUUGUUCGACUUGGGAUGAUAAGAAUUCGAAAUUUCAAGAUUCAUUGGCGCUGCGAUUGGGUUUGACAGUUGGAACAUUGCUAUUUUCAGCGGGUAAUCUAAGUGGUGGCAGCAUGAGUCCUGUACGUUCCUUCGGUCCAGCCCUAUGGUCAAUGGAUUUCACUCAACACUGGAUAUAUUUUGUGGCACCCAUGUCCGCAUCAUUGGUUACAAGUUUGGUUUAUAAAGCUGUAUUUAUGUCAACACAAGAAAUGGCUUCACACCUUUCAAUACAUGUUGUGGAUUGA